AUGCCUCCUCGUGCUAUUAACAGCCCCAAGAAGAAGAGGUCAAAGCACAAAGACUCAGAUGCUUCUGGCAGGGCAGGUGUACCAAAAAAAUCUCGCCAGACUACGGACCUCACCGAAACACUCAGCAUACCAUUUGUUUCCCUUGGCCUUGCUGAAGCUGAAGAUGGUGCUCCACAACGUUCUAGCCACCCCAACGCAGGGACUGGAGGUAGGAACAGCCAGCUAGAAAAGAUUGGCACAGUCCUUGAGUCUCAGUCUCGAAGUCGUCCUCCCAAGGGCUCCACAUCCCUCAGUCCUAAUAUCCCAGUGAACCCUCAGGCUCCGGAACCAGCUCGUAAAGGACGGAAGGGUCUUUCUCCGCCUUAUAGUUCACUCACUGUUACCAAUGGUCCUGCGAGCAUUGAUAACACAGGUCCUGGUUUUUCAAUGCACCAACCUGGUGGAAGGUUUGGUUUUGUUGCUCCUCCCAGUGCUGGCCAUAGUCUUCACGAGGCUAACAAUCCACAUAUCGAUGUUGGCUCAAAGGCUGUCAAGAAGCGUGCUAUGAAAGUAGCUCGUGAUCCAAACCCACGCAAUAUCAUACCACCACUCACCACUUUCAUGGAACAAAACUUGGAUCCAGCCCUUUUUAAGGAGGACAACAGUGUCAGGCGUCAAUCUAUACUGCGAGAAUCCAAGCUGUUGAAUAGCGGACCCAAAGGCAGCAGCACCAAUGACAAUGAUGACGAGGAUGAGGAUGAGGAUGAGGAUGAGGAUGAGGAUGAGGAUGAGGAUGAGGAUGAGGAUGAGGAUGAGGAUGAGGAUGAGGAUGAGGAUGAGGAUGAGGAUGAGGAUGAGGAUGAGGAUGAGGAUGAGGAUGAGGAUGAGGAUGAGGAUGAGGAUGAGGAUGAGGAUGAGGAUGAGGAUGAGGAUGAGGAUGAGGAUGAGGAUGAGGAUGAGGAUGAGGAUGAGGAUGAGGAUGAGGAUGAGGAUGAGGAUGAGGAUGAGGAUGAGGAUGAGGAUGAGGAUGAGGAUGAGGAUGAGGAUGAGGAUGAGGAUGAGGAUGAGGAUGAGGAUGAGGAUGAGGAUGAGGAUGAGGAUGAGGAUGAGGAUGAGGAUGAGGAUGAGAAUGAGAAUGAGAAUGAGAAUGAGGAUGGGGAGAGGGAAGAGGACGAGGAUGAGUCGGACAAGGAUGAGCACACCAAUGAGAAUGAGUACCAAUGUCGCGAUAGCCAUCCAGGAUUUUCAAAUGAAUCGCUACCUUCGCAGCCUCGAGUCAUUUGUCAUCUCACACCUGAAUUCAAUUUUCAGUACUCUCGCGAUGAGGAUGACGCGGCUGCUCAGACGAGCCUCAAUAAAAACACUGUAGCAAAUUCUCAAUCCUCGUCUGUCCACCAUAACAGUGACUCCCAGGGCUCUCUGGAUCCUUUGGUAGGAGUACAACAGCAACAACAGACACAACAUUCUGAGCCUAGCAGCGUAUUGGAGUCCCACCAAAAGAAAAAUGGCCAGCCCCGCCUUCCCAACCCUGACACUCUCGAGCUGCUUCAUCAAGUAGCCGAGCACGCUGAUGACCAGCAGGCUCCCCAGAGAAACAGAAAGACAAAACAGUCAGAAGACGGGCCCAAACCUACUCUGCUAGCUUGGUACAGGCCGCACUGGAAAAGCUUCCUUGAGCACACCAAGGGAGAAUGUCGUGUGGAACACGCUGUCUUCUUAGAUAGAUGA